AUGCACUUUCAGAACGAGGUUAACUUCCGGUACGUGAUCACACCGGAAGAAAGACGGCUUCAAGUUGUUUUAGCUAACAAAUGCAUCCUAGAGAUCAAAGGCAAUACUUGAAACUUAAAAUAAGUUUUAAUAUCAUCAAAAUGCGACCACUGCAGUGAACGCGUUAAGCGUUAAGGGAAAUAUCCGUCUGUGUUCAUCUAGCUGGAGCGCUGAAACAAGGCAGGUGUGAAUGACUGACGUGGUGCCCCCCUCUGCGCUUAGCGAAAUCAAGCUCCGCCUUCUUUGCCAAGAUGACAUAGAUAGUGUUAAAGUGCUUUGUAGUGAUUGGUUCCCCAUUGAGUACCCAGACUCAUGGUAUCACGACAUCACCUCAAACAAGAAGUUCUUCUCCCUAGCUGCCACUUAUAGAGGUGGCAUUGUGGGAAUGAUAGUGGCAGAAAUUAAAGGCAGAACAAAAGUACACAAGGAGGAUGGAGACAUUCUGGCCUCUAGUUUUCCUGUCGACACUCAGGUUGCGUACAUCCUGAGCCUGGGGGUGGUAAAGGAUUUCCGAAAACAUGGAAUAGGGUCACUUCUGCUGGACAGUCUGAAGGAGCACAUCUCCACCACGGCGCAGGACCACUGCAAGGCGAUCUACUUGCAUGUUCUCACUACCAACAACACUGCCAUUCACUUCUAUGAGAACAGAGACUUUAAACAGCACCAUUACUUACCCUACUAUUAUUCCAUACGGGGAGUCCUGAAGGAUGGUUUCACGUACGUUCUCUACAUCAACGGCGGACAUCCACCGUGGACGAUCUUUGACUAUAUUCAGCAUAUAGGCUCUGCUCUGGCUAGCUUGAGUCCGUGUUCCAUUCCCCAGAGAAUAUACCGCCAAGCGCAGAGUCUUCUUCGCAGCUUUCUUCCCUGGUCUGGUAUUUCCUCCAAGAGUGGCAUUGAGUACAGCAGAACCAUGUGAGGGAAAGCCCUGGGUUUUGUGCCCCGUCAGAUGCAGAAUCCAUUGCUUCACUGGAGGCUGUCUUAACACCCAAGGGCAUCCACCCGAAAGUGAAAUGAUGUGAAACAGACCUCUUGGUUUGGCCUCAUGCAGUCUUACAAGAUGUACCAUAACUGUAUAAUAUAUAUUUAUAUUUAACCUAAUAUUGUUAGUAGUUGGCUAUUCCUUAAUGUGGACUCCUUGUCUACUUCAUGCCUGUAAUUUGCUGCUAUGUAGAAACCCAGUCUUUGGUUCACCCAGAUUUUUUUUAAUAUAUAUAUAUGUAUGUAUAUGGAGAGAGAUUUUUAUGUGUGCCUGACCAGAUUAGUUUUAAGACCAAGAUGGUAUAGUUACUACCCUAAAGAAGACCACCUUAAUAUUCAGUCACUUUUGUGCAUGUGUCAAGCUGGCUUCACUCAGUGUUCAGUAGUUUUACCAGUAGCCCGACCUCUUGACACAUACAGAGUUUGUACAUAUACAUAUGUUUUAAAAAUAACUUAAUCUGAUUUGUCAAUAUGCAAAUUGGGAUCUGAGAUGGAUUUUCAUAUGGCCCAUACAGGAACAAUGAUUGUAGUGGUAUUUCUGAAGGAAGGCUCAGUGUUGGGUUUGGAGUCUCAGUAAAUACUAUGCCUUACCCAACCCCUAUGAUCUACUUCAUCAUGCUAACUGUUUCAUUCUGAUGUUCAAAAUCAUGUUUACUACAGUUAGAUUACCAUAUCUAGUAUAGGAGAGAGAGAGAGAGAGAGAAAAAGAAAAAGUAAGUAAGAAAGAGUAAAGAUUUAUCUUAGUUAUUUUAAAAUGGAAGACCGGAGAAUGUACUAGAGAAAUGUGAAGGAAGUUAUUGGAGCAGUCGGGGUAAAGCAGGGCCAUACGGGAAAUUAAAUGUAUUACUCUGUUAAAAUUUAUAAUUAGAUUUUAUGAACAUUUGUUUUGUUCUUUUAUUCAAGGUCAGUUGAAAUGUAUGUCUGGAACAUCUGACCACACACAUAGUGCACUUCUGUGUGUGUCAUGUAAAUACAUGUACUAUGUCCAUUUGUCAGCGACUUUAUAAUUUAUAUGUGAUUUAUAUUUAUGAACGCACUUGUGUGAGUUUGUUCUUUUGAAUUUGUUUCCAGUGGUCAAUGGCCACUUCACAUUAUUGUCCUUAUAUGGGCGCCUUUUGUAAAGAGUUAAACAUAUGGGAAUAAUUGCAGUUGAAACAUACCGUCCUUUUGUUUCUUACGGUAAUUGUAAAUUCAAAUCGAGAUAUGACAGUAACGUUAGUAAGCCCAGGUUCUUGGUAUUAGCGGUGUAAAAUGGCGCCCUCGUCAGUUCUCUCAAAAUAUUUCAGGUCCUCUCACAGAAAAUGGCACAGAUCACAUAACUUCCUCUGUUGUUUUGCAGUGUUUUUGGAAAUGACUUGAAUUGGUCUGUUUAAUCUUAGCCUCAUUAAAAAUAUCCCAUAUAGCCUACGGUACAAACACUUAAGAAUUUAUGUAACCAAUAGCCUGCAAAUGAUAGCUCCCAUCCACAUUUUCAUAACCUAUCCUUUGAACUUAUGCAUUUUUAUGAAAUGUUUCAACAACCUAUGGGGUUACAGAUGAGAAAAUAAAAUCAUCACGCAAAUAA